GUAAGUUAACCAAAUAUUUUCCGUUGUAGAACAGCAUUCGUCUUGGUCAUGAACAUGGGCUCAACAAAUGUUACUGUUACCCACCGGCCGCAGACCUGCGCUCCGCGCUCCACCAUUCCUCGCCACGCACGCGCCUGAUAGAUACCUAGCGUGUCCGCGUUCUCCUUCCGUCCACGCCAAGUCAUAGUUCUCUUCCCCUCUAAGCUCUUUUAUGAACUCGAACUCAUCAAAGCGAGCACAAUAAAGUGUGGGACAAGGCGGAGAGAAGACGAGAAGGACCAGCAAUAGGUACGACUAUGGAGGCGUGCUGCUCCUCCUCUAUCCUGACCAUCCGUCCGAUUGAUUUCUUACGCGUUGGGCACCACUGUCGCGCCAGCUUCCGUCCCUCCCAACCCACUGUGCUCUCGCAUCGGGCAUCUCGGGCAUCCCAAUCUUUUUUUCGUACUGGCUUGCUCCACCCCAGCUCCAAUCCCUUAUUUGUCCGUCGUGCAAACCCUUGCAGCAACUCCCGCCGAAGGUGGAAGCAACCAAUAUCUGCUGUUUUCGAGAGAUUCACAGAAAGAGGGAUUAAAGCUGUGGUGUUCUCCCAGAGGGAGGCAAAAAACCUUGGAAAGGAAUUGGUCUUUCCACAGCACCUGCUUCUUGGCUUAAUUGCGGAGGAUCGGUCCCCGGACGGGUUUCUUGGAUCGGGGAUCACCGUUGGCCGGGCCCGUGAUGCCGUGCGGGCAAUUUGGAACGACGUGUUGGCGGCUGAUGUGGAUGGGACGGAGCCAUCUGCGACGAACAUGCCCUUCUCCGUUAGCAGCAAGCGAGUUUUUGAGGCUGCUGUGGAGUUCUCGAGGUCAACGGGAUGUAAUUUUAUUGCUCCCGAACAUAUUGCUAUUGGGUUAUUUACCGCUGAUGAUGGAAGCUCGGGGCUCGUUCUGAAUAGAUUGGGAGCUGAUGCCAGUAACUUAACCUCAGCGGCACUUUUGAGGCUUCAGGGAGAACUUGCUAAAGAUGGCAGAGAAACUUCAAAAGUAUCUUCGAAGAUGCAGCAAAAAUCUCCUAGUGGUAAAGCUGCACAGGCAAAGCCUUCAGAGAAAUCAAAAGAUAAGAGUAUGUUGGCUCGGUUCUGUGUUGAUAUAACUGCUCGGGCUAAUGAAGGGCAUAUAGAUCCUGUAAUUGGUAGAGACAUUGAGAUUCAGAGGGUUGUUCAAAUCCUAUGCAGAAGAACCAAAAACAACCCUAUUCUUCUGGGAGAUCCUGGAGUUGGCAAAACAGCAAUUGCUGAAGGCUUGGCACUGCGAAUGUCAUGUGGUGGCAUUCCAGUUUUUCUUACUGGAAAGCGCAUAAUGUCACUGGACAUAGGCUUGCUGAUGGCUGGGGCAAAGGAGAGAGGAGAAUUGGAAGCUCGUGUUACAGGGUUAAUUGCUGAAGUGCAGCAAGCAGGUGACGUGAUUCUGUUCAUUGAUGAAGUUCAUACAUUAGUUGGAUCUGGCACGAUUGGGAGAGGGAACAAGGGAUCGGGUCUUGAUAUUUCGAACUUGUUGAAGCCUGCCCUUGGACGAGGCGAAUUGCAGUGCAUUGCAUCUACAACCCUAGAUGAGUAUAGGACACACUUUGAAAAGGAUAAAGCUUUAGAACGUCGAUUCCAGCCUGUUCUCAUAAAUGAACCAAGCCAGGAGGAUGCUGUGAAAAUAUUGAUGGGCCUUCGAGAGAAAUACGAAAGCCAUCAUAGAUGUAGAUUUACCUUGGAAGCCAUCAAUGCAGCUGUAUUUCUCUCAGCAAGAUACAUUCCUGAUAGGCAUCUUCCUGACAAAGCUAUAGAUUUAAUAGACGAAGCUGGCAGUAGGGCCCGAAUGAAUGCAUUUAAGAGAAAGAAGGAAGAAGAGACUUCCAUAUUGUCGAAAUUACCCGGCGAUUACUGGCAAGAAAUAAGAGCAGUACAGGCUAUGCACCAAGUGGUUAUGGAAAAUAAGCAGAAAUAUACCUCUACUAGGAGCAGCUCAGAUGGUCAUGACUUGACAGGAGGCAUCGAUGACAUCUCUGAGUCACGUGCUCUUUCGGCAUCAGAAGAAGAGAUUGUCAUUGUUGGACCUGAAGAAAUUGCUUUGGUUGCCUCAUUGUGGUCGGGCAUUCCUGUCAAGCAGCUCACUACUGAUGAAAUGAAGCUUCUGGUUGGUCUUGAUGAGGAACUAAGAAAACGUGUUAUUGGCCAAAAUGAUGCUGUCAGUGCAAUCUCUAGAGCUGUAAAGAGGUCACGUGUUGGCCUCAAGGAUCCUGACAGGCCAAUUGCUGCUAUGCUUUUCUGUGGGCCAACGGGUGUUGGUAAAACAGAGCUUACAAAAGCUUUAGCAGCUACUUACUUUGGAUCGGAGUCAGCAAUGUUGAGGCUGGAUAUGAGCGAAUACAUGGAACGGUUUACAGUUAGCAAGCUAAUAGGUUCUCCUCCAGGAUAUGUCGGCUAUGGAGAGGGCGGUACUCUGACAGAAGCUGUUAGGAGAAGACCUUUUACAGUAAUUUUACUAGAUGAGAUAGAGAAGGCUCACCCUGAUAUAUUUAACAUCCUUCUUCAAGUUUUUGAAGAUGGCCACCUAACAGAUGCACAGGGGCGGAGGGUGUCAUUCAAAAAUACUUUGAUAGUCAUGACUUCAAAUGUGGGUUCCACAUCAAUAUCAAAGGGUAGGAGAAGCAUUGGUUUUAUGCUUGCGGAGGAUUCCGCCUCAACUUCUUAUUUUGCAAUGAAAUCUCUUGUUAUGGAAGAAAUGAAGGCCUAUUUUCAACCUGAGCUGAUAAACAGGAUAGAUGAGGUGGUUGUGUUCCGUCCUCUCGAGAAGGAGCAGAUGAUGGAAAUUCUCAACAUAAUGUUGAAAGAAGUGAAGGGCAGGUUGUUGUCUCUUGGGAUGGGUCUAGAAGUCAGUGAUUCGGUUAAAGAACUUGUUUGCCGGCAAGGAUAUGACCAGAGCUAUGGCGCCCGGCCAUUACGGAGGGCAGUCACGCAAAUCAUCGAAGAUGUAGUCAGCGAAGCGAUCCUUGCAGGAGAAUUCAAGCCCGGCGACACCAUUUUGGUCGACGUGGGUGCUUCAGGUAAUCCCUUUGUGACCUGCUUAACUGACCAAACCAUGAAGAUUUCUUCAGACACCCCAUCAACACUGUAGACAACUUGUACAAAUUGUAUUCUUGCCCCUUACUAGGUUUUUUCUUUUUUAUUUUAGAGAUUCGUUAGGCAUUAUUAUUUGUACGUAAGGUUAAAUGAGAGAAGUUUUUAUUAAUUCAUGUUCUAGUAUGUAUAGAACUCAAUAUUUGUUUUGUAAUAUAAGUUGGUAUUUUAUUUUUUUU